CUCUAGCUGUCAGCAGGCUGUAGCCACACAGCAAUUUCCUCGUAGCAGAAGAGGAGCCGGACCUAACACCUUCAAAGUUGGGCGACGAGGCCAGAGGGCUCACCGCUCUCCGGACGCUGAGAGGAGCCUAAACCACCCACAUUUUGACCUCGGGACAUCAGAACUGCAGUCAAGGGUUUAAGUUGAAGAUGAGAUAAUAAUGAGAUGAUAAUUACAAGGACACACGUGAAUAAGGACGGUUUAUAAAUGCGGGUCCAGGCUUUGCACCUCAGGAACUCCUCAGGACUCUGUCUCCUUGUGGAGUCCUCCUGGUGGGAGCCACCCACUGUGUAGACCAUUUGAAAGACGAUUUAAAGGUAAAAUAUGUUUCCUCACAUCCAUAUUGGAAAAGGGUCCGUCUAGACUGAGCGUGUCUUUCUGCACCUCGUUAUGUUUGUAAUAACCUCACUUAUUUCUCUUCCCUGCACUUGACUCUUGGAUCAACACUGAUGUGCUUUCGCUGUCAGCCAGACAGCAGGCCUCCCUCCUCCCCACCCCCAAAACUCCCACAAAUGUUGUUGGAGGCAUGAGGUUUCAUCAGAGAGGAAAUAUUACCACCACCAAUGUGCAUGAAUAAAACCUUGUGGAUUUCAAAGGGAAGCCGGAGAGAGAGGAUCACGUCUGAGGAGAGUGUCAUAAUUCACCCCACGCCUCACUGAAUGUUCUGAGCUCUGCGACGAGCGGUUCUGAAGCAGGAGACCGUCCAGAGUGAGCAGGUGGACUUCAGAAGUAACCCUGAAAACAUGCUGAUGCUGGGCCGCAGAGGCUUGAAUAAUGAUCCGCUUCAAAUGGAAAGAGCAGCAGCAUCAACCGUGGACUCUGUCGACAAGCUUCAGUCAACAUUAAACACAGUGUGACCUGCAGCAGUCCAGAGUCAGGAGGCUGAAGUUAGAGCACCAGACGCAGUUGACUUGUUCAAGGAUGAGGCUGCACUCGUGGGAUCAGUUUGGGGACACCAGCGUGUUGCUCGUGGGCUUUCUAACACUGACGCUGUCCGUGGGGAACCUGUCCACAAGUGGGCUGCAGGAGGAGGGUGUGGCCUCCAACAGUCUGGAAGAGGAGCUGGAGGUGACCACGUUCUGGUGGGGCGAGUGGGCCAAGUGGACGGCGUGCACUCGAACAUGUGGAGGGGGAGUGAUGUCACAGGAGAGACACUGUCUGAAGCAGAGAAAGAAAGCUGCUGCUGGGAAAGACAACAUGACGUGUACUGGAGCACCGAAGCGGUAUCACCUCUGCAACACAGAGGAGUGUCCUGCCAGUGGGAGGAGCUUCAGAGAGGAGCAGUGCUGGUCCUUCAACUCCCACCUGUACAGUGGCCGGAGAUACCAGUGGAAGCCUCUGUAUCCUGCCGACUACGUCCACAUCUCCAGUAACCCCUGCGACCUCCACUGCACCACCACGGACGGCCAGCGGCAACUGAUGGUUGUGGCCAGAGACGGAACUUCCUGCAAGUACAGCAGCUACCGUGGCGUGUGUGUGGACGGUAAGUGUGAGCCCAUUGGGUGCGACGGAGUGCUGUUUUCCUCCAACAUCCUGGAUAAAUGUGGUGUGUGCCAGGGCGACGGCAGCAGCUGCAGCCGAGUCACUGGCAACUUCCGCCGCCUCUCCUCUACUCUGGGCUACUCCUUCGUCACUCAGAUCCCUGAAGGGUCCUGGGACAUCCAGAUCAUUGAGAGGAAGAAGUCGGCUGACGUUCUGGCCGUGACUGACCAGGCUGGGAACUUCUUCUUCAAUGGGGCCUACAAAGUGGACAGUCCUCAAAACUUCCAUGCUGCAGGAACCAUCUUCAAGUAUCGGCGGCCCAUGGACGUAUAUGAGACCGGGAUUGAGUACAUAGUUGCCAAGGGACCCACCGACCAGGCCAUCAAUGUUCUGGUCUGGAACCAGAAUGGUCGAACUCCGUACAUCACCUACGAGUACACCAUCCUCCGGGACUCCCUCCCACCUGUCCCUCCGCCCCCCGUCUACACCGGCUCAGCUGGAGAGAGUUCCGUGGAAGUUGAGGGGCUCCUGUCUCCUAACGGCAGCCUCUUUGACCGGAUCUCUCAUCCGGAGACGUUAGAACCGGUAGUGGCACCGGGCCAGGAGACAAAUGAAGUCUACGAAGAGACGGCGGCGAUCGACUGCGACCAUGACAGAGAAGCUGCGCCCAAGUUCAUAGAGAGAAACAGCAGCCACACAGCCACUGCUGAUCCCAUUCCGGCCGGUGGAACCCUAGACCUCGAGCAUGACUCACCAAAUCUCAUUUGGAGGGUCUUGCUUGAGGGACACCUCAGUCCAGACGACCUGCUUGUCAACAUCUCCACCAACCAGCUGCUGUCUGAAGGUGACGGUGUGGACCUGAGCAUUGUGGAGAACGCUGCACUCUCCAUGAACCAGACUCUGGGCUUCGCUCUGGCACGCCGGCGCAACGACAGCGGGGACGGAGUCUUUCACAACAAAACCAUGCAGAACGGGAGGACGCCCGGCCGCUCCAACAGAACCAGAGCAAACUCCAGACUCCACCAGAAGAACCUCAAGCUGAGUCCAGCUGAUAUGUAUCGCUGGAAACUCUCAUCCCAGGAGCCCUGCAGCAUGACCUGCUCUAUUGGUGUGUCCAGGUCCUUCGUGUCCUGCGUGAGGUAUGAUGGCAUGGAGGUCCACGACAUGUACUGUGACUCACUGACCAGACCCGAGCCGGUGCACGACUUCUGUAUUGGGAGAGAUUGCCAGCCCAGGUGGGAGGCGAGCAGCUGGAGCGAGUGCUCGCGGACCUGUGGUGAGGGGUUCCAGUUCCGGCAGGUCCGCUGCUGGAAGAUGCUGUCGCCGGGGCUCGACAGCUCGGUCUACAGCGACCUCUGUGCCAUGGCUGACUUGGAGAGGCCAGUGGAGAGACGCGCUUGCAAGAGCCCGGCCUGCGGCCCCCAGUGGGAAGUUGCUGAGUGGACCGAGUGCCCUGCCAAGUGUGGCAGCAGAGCUCUGGUGACCAGGGACGUCCGAUGCUCUGAUGUCACCAAACCAUGUGACCCGAUGACAAAACCAGCCAGUGCCAAAAACUGCACGGGACCCCCUUGCGAGCGGCAAUGGACCGUGUCCGAGUGGGGACCUUGCUCGGGGUCCUGUGGCCAGGGCAAGAUGGUGCGGCACGUGUACUGCAAGGCUCCAGAGGGCCGGGUGGUCCCAGAGAACCAGUGUAAUGCACAAGAGAAGCCACUGGCCAUCCACCCGUGCGGUGAGCGAGACUGUCCGCCGCACUGGCUGAGUCAGGACUGGGACCGGUGCAACACUACCUGUGGCCGUGGAGUGAAGCGCAGGAUUGUGCAGUGUGUGGGCAUCAGCGGAGGAAAGUUCCAGACUUUUGGAGAGGAAAUCUGCAACGUGGCCCAGAAGCCCGAAGAUGAAAACACCUGUUUCGAGAGGCCAUGCUUUAAAUGGUACACGACACCGUGGUCUGAGUGCACCAAGACGUGUGGCGUUGGAGUCCGGAUGAGAGAUGUCAAGUGUUAUCAGGACCGGGAGCUGGUAAGGGGGUGCGACCCCCUCACAAGACCCGUGUCCAAGCAGACCUGUACCCUCCAGCCGUGCCCCACUGAGCCCCCUGACGAGAGCUGUCAGGACCGGCCGUCCACCAACUGUCUGCUGGCCCUGAAGGUGAACCUGUGCAGCCACUGGUACUACAGCAAAGCCUGCUGUCACUCCUGCCGGGCCGUCCGCCCCCCGGCCUCCUAGUGCCGGACCUCAGGCCCUCCAUAAACCCGAGAAGCAGACGAGUCAGAGCUCAGUCACAGAAACACACACUCGAUGAAGAAUUUUCAAUCAAAUGCACGAAACUCUCACCUCCAGCUGGAGUCCGAAGUUCACCUGCUCCAUCGGAAGCUCCUUUGAGUUGUGGAGGUGGAGAACAUAAAUUGAUAUUUCAAUUUCAGAUAACCUGUAGAAGAGGGGAGGCCCCCGACUCUCGGCUAACUGCCCCCCUGGACUUGGUGCUCCGCAUCACGCAUUUUAAGUUGUAUGCUACAGAACAAGCGCUUCAGCCUGUGACCAUGUUUUCAUCUCUGAUCUUCAUCAACACUUCCUCCUAAUUAGGCACCAACAGACUCUUGCCUCUGACAUCAUCACAUGGAGACCAAAACCUUGAUGACAUCAUCAGCUGUGAUGGAUUAAGUUAUUUCUCGGUCAAUUAUACUGGCGGCCGUAAUAUUUAAUACAGAUAUUUAAUUUGGCACGACAACGCCCCCCGGGCCACCAGGGGGCGCCGCAGCGGCAGGACGUGUGCUCAUGUAGCGUUGUGACGGAGGAGUUAUUUUCUCGAACGAACAAAGAUUCCUGACACUUGAAUUACGACUGAAGCGUAUUCAGACGUGAACUCGCAUGUUGUUCUACGUGACUACAUAUAACUGAUACCUCUCUGUACAAAACUGGGCCCAGUGACGUCAAUAAA